AUGGAGAAGAUAGAGCACACAACAGUGGCCACAAAUGGCAUCAACAUGCAUGUGGCAUCAAUAGGGGAAGGCCCAGUAAUCUUGUUCAUCCAUGGGUUCCCUGAACUCUGGUAUUCGUGGAGACAUCAACUCCUUUCUCUUUCUUCUCUUGGCUACCGUUGCAUUGCCCCUGACCUACGCGGUUAUGGUGACACAGAUGCUCCUGCAUCGGUGAGCGAGUACACUGGCCUCCACCUCGUUGGUGACCUGAUUGGACUUCUUGAUACUCUGGGAAUCGAGCAGGUGUUUUUGGUGGGACAUGACUGGGGUGCUAUCAUAGCUUGGCAUUUCUGCUUGUUUAGACCUGAUAGAAUCAAGGCCUUGGUCAACACAAGCGUUCCAUUUAUGCCCAGGCACCCACUAGUAAAUCCUGUGGAGGGUUUUCGGGCUUUGUUCGGUGAUGACUUCUACAUGUGCCGAUUUCAGGAACCUGACGAGGCUGAAAAAGACUUUGCUCAAGUUGAUACUGGAAGCUUGAUCACUAGAUUUUUCACGUCGCGCAAUCCAAAGCCACCUUGUAUACCUAAACAUGUAGGAUUCAGAUCAUUACCCGAGCCCCCAAGCUUGCCUUCUUGGCUAUCAAAGGAAGAUGUCAAUUAUUAUGCCAACAAAUUUAACCAGAAAGGCUUUACUGGAGGAUUGAACUAUUAUCGAGCUCUCAACCUAACUUGGGAGCUCAUGGCGCCAUGGACAGGGCUACAAAUCAAAGUGCCAGUUCUUUUCAUCAUUGGGGACCUGGAUAUUACUUACCAUAUUCCUGGUUUUAAGGAGUAUAUACACAACGGUGGCUUCAAGAAAGAUGUGCCGCUUUUGCAAGAAGUGGUUGUUCUGGAAGGCGUGGCUCAUUUUCUCACCCAAGAAAAGCCAGAUGAAAGUGAUGGUGGUGUUUCUCAUAUGGAUAGUGACUCCUAUGAAAAUGGUGCCGUUAAUAUUGGUGUGGAUAUGUUUGUUUGGAAUACCAGCAAUUAG